AUGGUGGAUUCAAAAGUCGAAUAUACUGUGGAGCAACGCACAUCAAAGGUUGAAUACACAACCGAAUACACAACCGAAGAAGUAGUCGAGCAAAAGGAUGUCCUUACUCCCACCACCACCAUUCAAGAAAACAAGUCUGAGAAGGUCGUUGAUGUGAGCGAGGAUUUCGACAAAAAUGGCGAUCGUAUCUAUGUCAAGUCGGCUGCCGAAAGAGCGCUUGUGCGAAAGCUCGACUUUUUAUACGUCAUGCCUUUUGUUGCCGUUCUGAACUUUUUACAGUUUUUUGAUAAAUCCACCUUAAAUUAUGCUGGUGUCUUGGGUAUCAAGGAAGAUACCAACACCAGUGGCUCUCAAUUCAGCUGGCUCGGCUCAUUGUUCUAUCUAGGCUACUUGGUAUUCCAGUUCCCCAAUCAAUUUCUUUUGCAACGUGUCCGCAUUUCUUGGUACAUUGGUGUUCUUGUCAUGUUAUGGGGCAUGGUGCUCGCCGUGUCAUUCAAGGCUAAGAGCUUUGCCGACCUUGCAGGCUUACGCUUCUUGUUGGGUUUCUUUGAAGCUGCCAUGUAUCCAUGCUGUAUCAUGUUGAUUAGCUCUAUGUAUCGUCGUCGUGAACAAGCUGGUCGUCUCGGCGUCAUCUAUAUCACCAACGGCAUUGCAUUGGCUGUAGGAGGUUUCAUCGGCUAUGGCGUUGGAUUGCACAUGGACGGCGUUGGUGGACAUGGUGCCUGGCAAUGGUUGAUGCUUAUUCUUGGUGUGAUCACUGUUGCAUUUGGUAUCAUUAUCUUCCUCUUCCUUGUCGAUGAUCCCCGUUCCAAGUUUUUGCGUUUGACUCCAGAGCAACGUGAGAUUGUUGAAGAGCGUAUCCGUGACCACGCUGUUGUCAUCACCCGUGAGAUCAAGUUUUACCAGAUCAUUGAAGCUCUCAAGGAACCCCGUUUCUAUUGCUUCAUCUUUUCAUCGAUGCUUAUCAACUUCCAAAAUGGUGCAUUGAACACCUUCAGCAGUAUUAUUACAGCAGGCUUUGGCUUUUCGGGUGUUAACGCAAUCUUGCUCACCGUCCCCUCGGGUAUUGUUUGUGCCUUGUACAUUGUAAUCGCUAUUUGGUACAACAAUCGCUAUGGCAAUACUUUGUAUACCGCUUGUGCCAUGCAGGUGUGUGCCAUCAUUGGUCUUGUCUUGCUGGUUGCCAUCCCUGUUCCCAAGGCCAAGUUGCUUGGCUUGUACCUUUGCUGGGCAUUCACCGCUUCAUACACCAUGUUCUUGGUCUCCUUAGCAAACAACGUUUCAGGUUAUACCAAGAAGAUCUUCUAUAGCUCAUGUGUCAUUAUCUUUUACACCAUUGGAAACUUUGCUGGUCCAUUGAUGAUGGUUGAUUGGCAAGCACCACUUUACCUUGGUGGCAUGAUCGCUUACAUGGCUGCAAACGCAAUUUCCAUUGUAUUGUUUUUGAUCGCUCGCUACUUCAUGGCCAAGUCUAACCGUGAACGCCUAGCACGUGGAAUUACAACGAACAACGGUGAAAUGAACGACAUGACCGAUAGAGAGGACCCCAACUUUAUUUAUCGUUUGUAA